CAUUAUUUUCAUAUUUUCUGACUCGGAUCUAUUCUUGAAAUAACCACUCUUGUCAUCUCUUUUUCUUUCAUCACUAAUUAUAAUCUAGGCAGACAGGCCUGUAAGAAUUUCUGCAUAUUUUUACUACAUGUCUGGUUUUUCUUUCCUCGUUGGUUGGACUCUGCUGCAUAAGAUAAGCUUCAACAAUUAGAAUUGCUUUUUUUGUUGUUUUCUGCAGGAAUAGUGUUUCCUAGAGAGUUGAUAAGAAAUUCUUGAGGAGGAAAUAUUUCUUGUCUUCAUCAUCAAUUAGCACAAUCUGGUUGUUUGAAUUAAUAAAGAAUAUCAAAGAAAGAAACACUUGUUUUGUAUAGAGCAAAACACAGAUAUGGAGGAGUUGUAAGUCAGUGGUAGGGGAAAUGAAGUGUUGAUGAAAGAGGAGGGGAGUUUGAUGAGGGUUUUGUUUUGCAAGAUUCACUCUUCUUUCGUCUGCUUCUGCAAACCUAGUAACGCUCAUCUCUACAGUUCAUCAUUGAAAUUGGAAAAUGCUCCAAACAAAGAAGUUGUUCAUUCAACAUUUGUUGGUGUGUCGUUACUAUCUUCUGAGAAUGGAGUACUAGUCAAGAGCUGCAUGAAGAAGAUCCCUUGUGAUGGCAUUGACAACAAAGAAAUAGGAAAGAAGAGAGUGCAAUGGAUGGAUAUAUUAGUAGGUAAACAACUUGCUGAGAUCAGGGAAUUUGAAUCCAGUGAAACAGGUGGAGACACGGAGAGUGAAGAGGAAAGCAGCCGUUGUCUUUGCAUCAUUCUCUGACUCAACGGAGCAACAUUUCCUAUCCAAAUUACAACUUUGCUUCUUUCUAAGCUUUUCACACUACCAAAUACAUCAUCAUUCAAUCUGCUGUAAGGAAACUUAUGUAAUCAGUUUUCUUAUCUUUGACAAGGCAAAAAAGUAUUGGACAUGAGUUUGAAAAAGAAAAGGUAAUUGAGUAGAUAGAUGCCCACAAUCUCACCAUUCAUUUAAUUUCCCACUAUAUAUGAAUGAUAAUGCUGUUUAUCUA